CCAUGCAGUUCUCACCUAAAAGCUGAAACACAAAACUCUCCAUUGGAAGUGGUAAGAUUCUUAAUGAGGCGGUUUGCUCAUCUACUUCAGCAACCCAUCAUCCGUUUCCAUAAAUGAAAUCCCCUCCAUCUUUUUCUUUAUCUUCCUCUCCAUUUCCUUAGAAAUCUGCCUUUUGUUCCUUUAAAACCCAGAUUUCUACUCCCAAAUUCUCCCAGUUCAAACAUGGAGCUCAGUUGUUUUGAGCAGCUUAAAUCCCAGCCCUUCUGGGUUUUCUUCCUAUUCGCAUUGGGUUCUCUCUCCGCUCUGAAAUUCUUACUAAUCUUUCUCAAAGGGAUCUAUGUCAAUUUCCUUCGACCCCCAAAGAAUCUCAAGAAAUACGGUUCAUGGGCUCUCGUCACCGGACCCACUGAUGGAAUCGGUAAGAGUUUCGCUUUUCAAUUGGCUCGCAAAGGUCUCAAUCUCGUUUUGGUGGGUCGGAACCCUGAGAAACUCAAAGACGUUUCGGAUUCAAUCGUUGCUAAAUACGGCAGCAUUCAGAUAAAGUCCGUAAUUGUUGAUUUCUCCGGCGAUCUCUCAGAAGGGAUUAAGAGAAUCACCGAAGCGAUCGAAGGGUUGGAUGUUGGGGUUUUGAUUAACAACGUCGGGGUUUCGUAUCCGUAUGGAAGGUUUUUUCACGAAGUGGAUGAGGAGCUUCUGAAUAACUUAAUCAAGGUUAAUGUUGAAGGCACCACCAAGGUGACUCAUGCUGUUUUGCCUGGAAUGUUGAAGAGGAAGAGAGGCGCCAUUGUUAACAUUGGUUCUGGUGCUGCCAUUGUUAUUCCCUCAGAUCCCCUGUAUACUGUCUAUGCUGCCACCAAAGCGUACAUCGACCAAUUCUCGAGGUGCCUGUAUGUGGAGUACAAGAAGAGUGGAAUUGAUGUGCAAUGUCAGGUUCCGCUAUAUGUUGCCACCAAGAUGGCAUCUAUUCGAAGAUCAUCCUUCUUUGUUCCUUCAACGAAUGGAUAUGCAGCAGCAGCUCUCCGUUGGAUUGGAUACGAGCCUCGCUGCACACCGUAUUGGCCCCAUCAACUUUUAUGGGGUUUGGCAUACUCGUUGCCGGAGUCUGUUGUCGAUGCUUGGCGCUUGAACUUUUGUCUUGGCAUCAGAAAGAGAGGACAAUUGAAGGACUCCAGGAAGAAAGAGUAGGAAGAUUAAGGAUAUAUAGUUCUAAUUUGUGGAGAAGAAAAACAUUUCUCCUUAGUGUCUCAGCUACUUUGUUGAAAUUUGGAACACAAGCAUACUAGAUCUGAAUGUUUUCUUUUAUUGUUCUUUGAUGACCUUCCAAUAUAUCUUUUCCAUUUUAGAUCCUCCUUUUUUGAUAUUUUUCUCUUGAGAAGGUAAAAAGACUAGGCAAUGAUGUGCUCCAUUUUGUUCUCUUCUCAUCUUAAAUGUUACACGUAUGACAGUUUUUAUGAAUAUCCCCAUUAGCCCA